UCCACCUUUAUUUUCUUCAUCGAUCUCACAAAGACUACAACGAACUCCCACAUAUCUAAUUAGAACCAUGAAGGUUUCGUUGUGCAAUGCUGUGUUUCUCUCCUUGCUUCUGCUUCUUCCUCUUGACAUCUCCGCAAGGCAUAUCGGUUUGCAACAUUCACGUCAUGGACAUCACCAUCAAACUCUCCAUGGAGCCACAGAGAAGCAAAGAGGAGCCGGAGGGGGAUCAGAUACGGUUCAAGUGGUUGGGUCAAGGCUACCAGACUGUUCGCAUGCUUGUGGAUCGUGUUCCCCAUGCAGACUGGUUAUGGUUAGCUUCGUAUGUGCAUCCAUCGCAGAGGCAGAAACAUGUCCCAUGGCUUAUAAGUGCAUGUGUAAAAACAAAUCUUAUCCUGUUCCUUAAACCCAUGUACCAUGUUGUUCCAAUCUAACGUAGAGGAUUUUGUUUUGGUUUCUGUUCUUGUUUUCACAAUUUUCUUAAUGAUAUAGGAUUAAAUGUGUUGACUAAAGACUUUUUUCUUUACACUUAAAAAGAAAGAGUAAUAACCAGAUAACAUUAAUCUAACAUGUUAAAUAAUUUUAUCUCUGAAGCAUUCCCUCUAUAGAAUAACAUCCGGUUGAUUGAGUUGGUAUGAUGGCACCCAUAUAUACCAGCUCAAUCACCUCGAUGUUGCUCCUGAUGUUUCAGAGAUAAAAUAUUUUUAGAGCCUAAUGUUUACAAAUGCCAUAUAAAUUUCGUUGCUCUCGUGGUG